CCACUCGAUACUUCUGCAAUCACCACCUUGAACUGACAACUUCCUGGAGGAAUCGCUAGGGGACUGUCGCAACCAGACUCGUUCGAAACUUGACCCAGAACCUCCAGCAGCAGGUGGUCAUUGCAGUUACUACCAGUGGAAUCCAAGUCGUGAACCGAGAAAUCCACCGCCUGUGGGGGCGUUCCCUUAUUACGAACACGACCAUAUGGUUCGGGCUUCGCAGGCGACUACCUUCUCAUCGUCCGUUUAUUUCGACGAUCGAGGUCCUCAUGGCACCGCACAACCAAUAACAGAACGUGUCAACCCGCAUUCCCGUCCGAUAGUCUCUUAUUUCUUCCCAAAAGGCGUUGGCGAAUUCCACUACGGGGAACGACAUCCGAUGAAACCACACCGACUAACGCUGACCAAUGCCCUUGUCAUGGGUUAUGGUCUGGACAAACAGAUCCACCAUAUGUAUAACCCCCGUCCAGCGACUCAGGUAGAACUUGAAAUGUAUCAUGACCAUGACUACAUCGAGUUCUUAUCACGAGUCACUCCCAACAAUCAGAAUGAGAUGCGACACCUCAUUGACACCUUCAACUGUGUAGAGGACUGUCCAAUAUUCGCCGAAAUGUAUGACUUUUGUCGAAUGUACGCAGGGGCUUCCCUAGCCGGCGCCCGUAAACUGUGUUCCGGAACCUGUGACACCGCAAUCAAUUGGUCAGGUGGUUUGCAUCAUGCGAAGAGGGGUGAAGCGAGUGGAUUCUGUUACGUCAACGAUAUUGUACUGGCAAUCCUCGAGUUGCUUAGAUAUCACCCACGGGUCCUGUACAUCGACAUCGACAUCCACCAUGGCGACGGUGUUGAGCUUGCAUUUUACCAUUCAAAUAGGGUAAUGACGGUGUCGUUCCAUAAAUAUACCGGAGAGUUCUUCCCCGGAACGGGGAAACUUGACGACAAUGGGGCCAGCCUGGGCAAACACUUCUGCCUGAACGUCCCACUACAAGAUGGGGUUGACGACGAGAUGUACCUGACAGUAUUUAAGACCGUUAUCGAGGAUACGGUGACGGCAUUUCGCCCGACCGCAAUCGUGUUGCAGUGCGGUGCCGACUCGCUAGGAUGCGACCGCUUAGGCGCUUUCAACCUAUCUAUCGCUGCCCACGGGGAAUGCGUGAACUUCGUCCGGAAGUUCAACGUCCCCCUUCUGGUGCUGGGCGGCGGCGGUUACACCAUUAAAAACGUCAGCCGAUGCUGGACAUAUGAGACUGCUGUUCUCGUUGGCGCAGAGAUACCAGACGAACUGCCUGCCACCGCCUAUGACCCUUUCUUCCGCGACUCCGAGUGGAAACUCCAUCCCCCAUUGACAGGCCGAGUGGAAAACCAGAACACCCCAGCGUCACUACAAAAAAUUACUAUCAGCAUUCGGAACAAGCUCAGGUAUUUGCAGGGCGCUCCCAGUGUUGCCAUGCAAGAGAUACCGCCAGAUCUGGAAGGGUUGCUUGCCGACGAGGACAAAAAUCAGGAGGAGAGAGACGAAGAACGGGGAACUGCGUUCGCAGGGGAAAGCAGGAGCGAUAGGUGCACCGCCAGGCAUGAGUAUUUCGAAGGUGAUAACGACGUGGACCAUGACGACUGUGCGCCAACGUCAGCCACGAGGAGAAAUCCAAUUUCCGCAAGUACUCGUAGGCCUCGAGCCAGACGUGGUCGUGGUCGAGCCAGGGGAAGGGCAGUUGCUGCCAACGGAAGGGAGGACGACGAAGAAGUAGAUGAAUCUUCGUCGGUGAAGCCUGCGAAGACAAGAAGUAGGAUAAGGUCCCGGGCGAAACCUCGUGGUAGGAUCGUGGAGAAGGACAAGGACAAGGAUGUAGAAGAUAUGGAUGCGGAUGUUGGGGGUGAACCCGAGUCUGGGGUUGAGCCAGUGACGCCAGUAGAUGUUGAUAUUGACAUAUAGCAUUUCCUGCAUGUAAUCUAGUAGGUCUCCGGCAUUCAUCCCUCCAGUGAGAAGAAAAGUGACGAAAUGCUACUUGCGCUGGCAGGCGCUUGAAUUCUCAACUGCAGUAAUUGGACACGUCGCCUCAACCCGUAGUAGAGUGACAUGACAAGUUUCAGAGCUUGGGGUAGUAUACAUAUAGACAGACGCAGAAGGAGCUAUCGAAGCGGCUGGU